UUUAGUUCAUGUGAUGAAAUCUCUGUGGAUUUUCUGUGUGAUUUUGGCUCUGCUUUUGCCAACGGAAAUACAUUCGCAGGAUAAGAAGAAAACUGUGAAUUUAUGCCAGCUAAGAGUAAUGGUUUUUGCCGAUUAUAUGAGAACUAUGUGUGCACCAUUACAAGCCGUUUGGGUGCUAAGUAGCAAAGGAUUUUGCCGCAAAGGAUACACUUGCACCAAGGGCUAUACUGAAGCUGAAUGUAAAAAAGAAUGCCUAACGAAACCCACAACGAAACUUGGCUCAACUGCGGUAACUGAGAAAGCUUUGAAUGAUAUUGUCGGUGAAAAGACCAUCAAAGUGAAUGUGACCUCUGUUAGAACUAGAAGACCAAGAACAAGAAAACCAACGAUUUUAGAGGAUUAGGAACAGAAAAAAAUAAGACUAUAUAAUACUAAUCAUUAUCUCAAGCUGUGAAGAUUCUUAAAAAAACACAGAAAUAUAUUUAUUACAUUAGCAAAA